AGUUCCACGUUUCUCGUGAUUUUAAAUUUGAAGUGUCACAAAAAAAUCAUUAAUUAAUCCUUAUUUAUUAGUGUUAAAAUUGGUGCUACAACUAAAAUCUAAUAAGAUAAACAAUCAUAUAGACAUUUAAUCUACUUGUAAAAUGAAAAUUAGUGAAAUUAAGGAAUCAUGACUGCAUCAUUAUUUGAAAGUUCCACCGAUGGAGCUCACUUUAUUGAAUUUCAAGAAUUGCAGCCUCUACACUGUUCCAAAGAUGCUCUGACUGAUUUUUUUGGAUGGCUACUACAAGGAUUGUUAGCUGCCAUUGCUUUCUCAUGUCUUAUUGCUAAAAGAUUUUGCGAACCAAGUUACAGAAGACGACCUUGGGAUAUCUGGUGGUAUGAUACGUCAAAGCAAGGCAUCGGGGCUAUGGUCAUUCACAUGACAAAUGUUUAUUUAUCGCCACUUUUUAAAGGCGAUCCAUGCACUUGGUACAUCAUUAACUUCUUAUUAGAUUCUACUAUUGGGUUAUUCAUUAUUUACAUAGGUAUUAGGAUUUGUAUAUAUCUUGCAAAAGUGAUGCAUUGGGAUGCGAUAAACUUUGGCGAAUACGGAGCGUCAAAGUCUUGGAUUUAUCAAACAUGGAUAUAUGUUUUUCUUAUGAUCAUUGUCAAGCUGUUAACAACUUUGAUCAUACAAAUGGAUUAUUGGAAUGAUGUGAAGAAUUUAAUUUUGUCACCUUUUAAGAAUCCAAAGCUUGAAGUCGUCGUAGUGAUGUUAAUCAUUCCGUUCUUUGUUAACGUUUUGUUAUUUUGGGUGACUGAUAACUUUCUUAUGAGAAACAAAAAGAGUUUCCUAGGCCAUCAUCAACUUCGACCAUCAGUUCAGCGUCAACGACGUGGUCAUAGUAUUUUAGAGAAAGUUAAAGUGAAAUAUCGAACGAACGCGAACCAUCAUCGCCCGUUAAAGAAAUAUGAAUCAGAAUCGGAUUUAUUGUCGUCUGAAGAUGAACCAAUCAUUCAAGUUCAAGAGGGACCAUCGACUCAAGGUGCUACUAGUAAAUUAGGAAAGAAUUUAGAGAAAACCAAGCAAAUUUUAAACAUGAGUAAACCAGCUUAUCAGGCCGGGUCAGUUUCAGCUUGCUACGUGACAGCACCUGAUGAACAAAUUGCCAAAAAAUUGGCACAUGGAAUAAUUAGCAAGAAGCUGGCAGCAUGUGUCAACAUCAUCCCUAGAGUAACAUCAAUUUAUGAAUGGGAGGGAAAAGUUAAUGAAGAUUCUGAGGUGCUUCUCAUGAUAAAGACUAAAACAUCACGAGUUGAUGAUCUCAGUAAAUAUGUUCGUGAAAAUCAUCCUUACUCAGUUGCCGAAGUGAUUAGUACACCAAUUGAAAAUGAAAACAUGAAAAUAUUGUCUUUCAUUUUUAUUAAUUUCCUUUCUUAUUCAUUUAUCGAUGCGAAAAAGAAUGACAAUGUGUAUCAUGAAGAGUUAGUGAUAAAAGAGCUUCAAAAUAAUUUUGUUAACACCUAUUUCCAAUUCACAACGCGAUGGAAUAUCCACUCGAGAGAUGAUUUGUUGCACACCGAUUUGUUAUCACGAUCAAUAUCGGAACUCUUUCUUCAAUAUGAAAUUAGUGAAAUGCAUGUCACACUUACAAAUGGAUUAUGGCGACAUGAAACUUGGGGAUUUCCAAUUGAAUCUGCUGGAUCCGGUGCUGAACUUUAUGUUUGGUUUAGAAAUCAUUUGACUCAGGAUGUUAUCAAUCGUCAAUGGAUUGAAUUGAGUGGAGCACUUUCUGGAUUAUUAUGUGCUUCAUUCAGUUUUGUCAAUGAAUUGAACACAGUCAAACCAAAUUUCUCGUUCCAACCUUCUGCCGGCUUUUUCAACGCAAACACAAAUAUCAAUUCAAGUUUUGUUCGAUACUCAGCAUUACCGCUUGAAGUUGUCUGUACAGAGAAUCUAACACCUUGGAAGAAACUUCUUCCAUGUGACUCAAAAGAAGGCUUAACAUCUCUUUUAAAUGCUCAACAUAUUUACAGCACAAAUUAUCAUUCGCUGGGUAUUCACGUUCGUCAAUUGUGUCUUGAUGCUUCAUGUCAUGACUCAAUUUUGGAAUCAAAGCAAAGUGUCAACUUAGUACACGAUCUUCGAUUAUUUGGUGGCUUUGAUUGGUCAAUUCGGAAACUCUUCGGUCAAGGUCUUAAUGGAGCAUGCCAACUGGCAACUUCAAGUAAAAUAUUUCUCGAUAUGACUGACAAAGAUUUUGAAGUGACACCAAAACCAGCAAGAUCGAUAAUUUCAAAAAGAGGAGGCAGUACGACACUUUACGGAGAAUAUGACAUCAAAAAGAUGGUACACAAGAGUAGACAAAUGAUUAAUAUUGCAAUCGUAAAUAAAAGUCAGAAAACCAUUCCCAUCGUUUCCCCAGCACCACUUUUUGCAAGAAGAUUCCUUCAAGGAACUGGAAAAGAGCGAGGAAAAAUUGUCAAUCAAAUUUCGAACACACAUUGGGCAAGUUUAAAUGUGAUUAUCAUGGAAAACAUUCCUUGGUUUGUUCCAAUUUAUUUGCAUACACUCAAGCUUAAAAUUGGAGAUCAACAAAUUGCUCCAACGAAGAUAAAAUAUUAUCCUGGAAAACAAAGAACUCGUCCAUAUCUUCUUGAAGUUGCAGUUAAAAUACCAGCACGAUCAACGCUAGAAAUGUCAAUUGACUUUGAUUACAUUUUCUUAAAAUGGCAAGAAUAUCCUCCAGAUGCUCACCAUGGUCAUCUUCUUCCAUCUGGAGUCAUUUCAACUCUUCUACCAAUGGCACUAAACUACACAAGCCUACCAGUUGAAGCUAGUCUUUUCGAAGAAACUUUCAAUGCAACUCGUCAGUCAUAUUUCCUUCGAAUACACACAGAAGCUUUGUUAAUAAAUCUACCAACACCCGACUUCUCAAUGCCUUAUAACGUCAUUUGUCUAGCUUGUACUGUUAUGGCAUUGGCAUUUGGGCCAUUACAUAAUAUGACAACGAAACGACUUCUUUUGCAGAAGAAAGAUGAGGCAAAGAAAUCACUUAUCGUGAAGCUGAAAGAAAAACUUUUUAAAAAGAAAGAAAAAAGUGAAUAA